AGAAGGUGGGGAGUAACCAAAAUGACUGGAUUAUAUAGGGAAGUGCAGCUCAGCCCCUGGGCUGGAGAAAUUUAGAGAAGGGGAUGGAGUAUACCAGCCAUACCCUGUAACAGGUAGGGAUUGUGGGAUACAGGGAGAACCUGGCAGCCAGGUGCCACUAAGUAGGCACCUCAGCCAUCCAAUUGUUCUGGGUUUGUUCUCACACCAUUGAUCUAUACCCUCAUCAUUAUAGCUUUAUAGUAAACAUGUAAUUUCUUAGAAGAAUUUUAGGGAAUUAAGAAGAGGUGAAUAGUCUUUGCAUUCUUUCGUUUUUUCCUCUAAAUAAAGAAUGCAGGGCUUGGAGAGAUGGCUCAACAGAUAAGAACACUUGCUGCUCUUGCAGUGGAUUGUUUUCCAGCACCCACAUGGUGGUUCACAACGCUCCAAACUCCAGUUCUAGGGGAUCCUGUGCCCUCUACUGGCCUCUGCUGGCACCAUGCAUGCAGGUAGUGUACAUAUACACACACGCAGGCAAAACACUGAUACACGUUAACACAUGUGUACGAGCUGCAGACAGAGCUCAGUUGCUGGAGUGCUUGCUUAGUGUUUGCAAAGGCAUGGCACCACGUAAAAGUAGGUGUGGUGCUGAGCGGUCCCAGUACUCACUAGAAAGAAGGUGGUGGAAGAUGGAUGAUCAAAAGUUCAAGGUCAUUUUCAGGCUCUUAAAGUUCAGUGGCAGUCUAGGAUUAAUGAAUGAGUGAGUCCUGACUCGACAAAGAAACCCCCAAAACAACAACAAAAAACCCCAACCAUGGCUAAAUGCCCUGAAACUAUUAAGAGAAAAUUAAAGGCAUUAAUUAAUACUGUUUUCUUCCAUGUAGAUAAUAGCUAUUUAAGCUUUCUGCCAAAAAUGGGCUUGGUGUACAAUUUAGAAAGUGCAGGUUGUAUUUCUGUUCUUAAAGAUGUUUAUUGUAGUCUAGUAUUAAAGUUAGGUGGAAGUAAUUGAAUACAGUAAAGGUGGGCAAGUGAUUGGAGAGUUGAAGUUGCUGAAAGUGGGUAAAACCCAUUGUAUUGGAGGCACUCACUGCCAGUUUUUGGUUGUAUUUGAAGGUUGUCCUAAAGCAUGAUGUAAUGCCAGCGGAAACCUUUGAAGCUUCAGCUGACACCAUCCAGGUCUGAAGUGCAUAGGACUUUAUGGGGCAAGGGUAAUGCUUGUUUAAAAAUAAGGCAAGCUACUCCAGAUUAAUGAGGCCAGUUAAGAAAGCUUUCCCAGAGUGGGAUGAGAAUAUAAUCUCAAUUCGGAGGUAGAAGUAGAGUCUUAUGUGUCCUGAGUGUGUUUACGAUUCUUACUGCACUGGAAGGGGGCGUUUGAAAUAUGCUGGCACACAGUGGCAGAGUUAGAAGUGAGGAAAAUAGUAGCUGAGGCCUGUAAGUAUUGAGUGAGUUGGGGAGAAUGUCUUUCAUUCCAUGCAAACUUGAGAAUUCAUAGGAUGAAGUUGGCUUUAGGAGUGCUUGCCUGGCUGCACAUUUGCCUUAGUCCCUGUAUGUUUCCUACCCUGGAGCCUUAAGAAAGCACUGAGAUCCUGAUUUCUGGAAACAUGUUCUACCAGACUUCAGUGCUGCCAAGUGCACAGGCUUCAUGUUGCGGGUGGCGCCUGCCAGAGCUGCUCAGGUGGUCUGUGGGGCGGGGCUUGGGGCAAAGUCCGCCCCUUCACUAGGCCUGCCAGGUGUUAGAGCCUAAGCAGCAGGACACCAGAGCCGCAUGCUGCCUUCUGCUGACCACCCAGUUUAGAGUUCAUUGGAGGUGUUGUCCCUCCUGGGGACAGGCCACCCUUGAGCUACUUUAAGACUGAAUGGAAGUGAGCAGCCUUCUAUGCUUAGGAGCCAAGGGCCCACGAGGGUCCUCUGGUGCAGGCUGGCUUUGUGGAUUGCAGGAACCUGACGCCUCGCUUCUCAUGACCUGGAAGCUGCCUGCACCCUUUCUGCAUUCCUGGAAGGGAGUCCUGCUCACAUGCUUGCCAACAGUUAGGACCAGGACCAGGAAGAGGAAAGAAAUGAGCCGUCAGACUGCUACAGCAUUACCCACUGGCACCUCAAAGUGUCCGCCAUCCCAGAGGGUACCUGCCCUGACUGGCACAACUGCAUCCAACAAUGACUUGGCGAGUCUUUUUGAGUGUCCUGUGUGCUUUGACUAUGUGUUGCCACCCAUUCUUCAGUGUCAGAGUGGCCAUCUUGUUUGUAGCAACUGUCGCCCCAAACUCACAUGUUGUCCGACCUGCCGGGGCCCAUUGGGAUCCAUUCGCAACUUGGCUAUGGAGAAAGUGGCCAAUUCAGUACUUUUCCCUUGUAAAUAUGCCUCUUCUGGAUGUGAAAUAACUCUGCCGCACACAGAAAAGGCAGAGCAUGAGGAGCUCUGUGAGUUCAGGCCUUACUCCUGCCCCUGCCCUGGUGCUUCCUGUAAGUGGCAAGGCUCCUUGGAUGCUGUCAUGCCCCACCUGAUGCAUCAGCACAAGUCUAUUACAACCCUGCAAGGAGAAGACAUAGUUUUCCUUGCUACAGACAUUAACCUUCCUGGUGCUGUUGACUGGGUGAUGAUGCAGUCUUGUUUUGGCUUUCAUUUCAUGUUAGUCUUGGAGAAACAGGAAAAGUAUGAUGGUCACCAGCAGUUCUUCGCAAUUGUACAGCUGAUAGGAACACGCAAGCAAGCUGAAAAUUUUGCUUAUCGACUUGAGUUAAAUGGUCAUAGGCGGCGAUUGACUUGGGAAGCGACUCCUCGAUCUAUUCAUGAGGGAAUUGCAACAGCCAUUAUGAAUAGUGACUGCCUAGUGUUUGACACCAGCAUUGCACAGCUUUUUGCAGAAAAUGGCAAUUUAGGCAUCAAUGUAACUAUUUCCAUGUGUUGAAACGGCAAUCAAAUAUUUCUGGCCAGUGUUUAAAAUUUGCAUUUGACUUCACAGAGAAUAAGGCACCCAUCUGCUUGCCAACCUAAAACUCUCCUGGUAGGUAGAAGCUAGACACAUGAAGGUAAAUAAAAAGAAAGGCUGUUAAUACAGGAAACAGUUGCAUGUAGUAACACUAAUAUAUUUAAAAAUAAUUCAACAGUAAACCACUGAAAAAAUAUAUAUAUACCCAAGAUGGGCAUCUUUUGUAUUAAGAAAGGAAACAUUGUAAAAUAUUUCUGAACUUUGUGUUUGUUGUAGAUUGAUUGUAUUGUUGACAACAAUUUUUUGGGGGGUGUGUGUCUGUGCACACAUGCGUGCACGUGUGUGGUUGGUUUUCCUUUAACUGACAAGCCAUCUGCGUGGUCAUAGACCACUGCUUUCCCCUUGUGAGUCAAUACAUAGUGCUGCUGUGUUUUUUGUUUUGUUGGUUUUUUUUCUUUUUUUUGUGUGUGUGUAUUUGCUAAUUUUUAUUCUAGUUUUUCAUGAAAUAAAUUUGACUUUCUUUUCUGUAAUUCAGGUUUUUCUCACUUUUGUACCUUUUAAGUUAGUGUCUUUUUGAUAUUCAUAAUUGCUUAUGUCAAAAGUUUGUGUUCAGUACAUACUUUCUUUUCCUUCAGUCAAUUUAUUAGAAAUAUUUUUAAUUCAGCCCUUUUGUGAAAAUAGGAAUUCCAGAAAGGGAAGGUGAUGUGAGAGCAGCUGUCACAGCUGCAGCAGGUGUAGGAUGGUCUUGUCUGUGUGAGUCACACCGUCAGGCUUGCUCUUUGAAAGGUUAGGUUAGGGAGUAAACUCUGAUUUAUAUGACUAUUUAAAAAUCAGGCUUUUCCUCUCUUCAAAUGUCUUGGGCAAAUCACAUGUUUAAAUUGGUUCUUGCAUUUAUUGGUUUUGCAAAAGAGUGCAUCAUCAUACACAGUAUUUGUAAUUAAAGUAAAUCAUUUGUUUUUAAAAAAAGGCAGUUUGCAAAAAAUGUUUUUGGUCUUUUAUAAUUCUCAUUAAAAGAUUAUCUGGCAAAUUAAAAAAAAAUCUUAAUGUGUUUACUUUAGCUCUAGGUUGGUUGGUUUUUUUUCCCCUGGAGCUGAGGACAGAACUGAGGCCUAGCACUUGCUAAGCAAGCACUCUACCACUGGGCGAUAUCCCCAGCCCCUGGCUCUAAUAAAUAGAGCUCUUUGAUAAAGUCCAAAGGUAUUUUCCUGUUCCAGUCUGUAUUUUAGAGCAGAAGAUUGUAUGCCACCGUUUGAAGUGCAUUAGUUUUAUUCUGAAGCACAGAAAAGACUAGGCCCCCCCCACUCCUGUUUUGAUUCCCAAAAGGACAUUCGGAGUAUGGCUAAUUAAUGCUGAUCACAGUUUUCCUUUAUAAAAAGUAAGUUGUUUUAUUAUUUCAUACUUCCGGUGGUAGAGUCUUGACUAUAUAGCCUGAUUGCCAAGUUCCUAUGUACCAGUUUACCUUUACCCAACUUAGCCAGCUAUCUGACCCUGGGCUCAGUUUCCUAAUGUGUUAAUUAUGAUGAGUAUGUGAAGGGUUAAAUGAGGAACUAGUACUUUAACCUGAAACAGUGCUUCAUACAACAUAAGCAGCUAGCCAGUGUGGGGCCCUGGAUUUUGCCUUCAAGUGUCAUGUUCCUAGUUACACUCAGGCACACAGCAGAAAUCUGCCAUUGAUAAUUUUGUGUUUUCCUAGUGGGUACCCCAAGCUUAGAAAGUCAUUGAGGAUUAAUUUGCAUUUCUCCUUUAUCCUAUUUCCAAUUCUGGAUUAUGGAGCUUGGUUCUGUUAGCCAUUUUCAGUACAGGUAAGCCUUCUAGUGAAUUGGUUGUCAUGUGCUUAUAGAGCUAUAUUUGGGGUGAAAGGAAUAGUUUAGCCACAGAUUACAACUAGAUUUUUAUUUGCAUGAAAAUUUAGAAAAGCAGCUUAUGUGUAUGUUGAGACAAGGUCUUGCUAGCCCUGGGAAGGCCCUGAAUCCUACAUCUCACCUCAGUCCCUCAAAUGCUAUGAUGACAGAUAAGAUGGCUGAAAAGCAACUGAGUAUAUGUCUGGGGGAAUGCCAUUUUUGGUUUCACUGUAUUUUGCCCAGACUUUUAACAUCUCAAACGGCAUAUCCAGUAGAAAUCCAUACUGUCCUCCAUGAAGUGAGCUGACUAACAUUUUUAUUUUACUAGUUAAAUGCAUGUGCAUGUUCUUAUACACAACAUUUUGAGAAUGUUGAUUGGUUAUUUCUGUAACCCUUAACACAUACAUUGAUCACCCUAGACUUCACCAUUUUGAUGGUCUUGGGAAGGCUGGUCAUGGUUCAUGCUUAUAAUCUCAGAGCUUGGAGGCCACGGCAGACUCAAGAGUUUGAGGUCAACCUGCUCUACACAGCAAGGCUUUGUCUCGAAAACAGAAAAAAAACAAAAACAAAACUUAGACCUUUUUUUUUUUUUGGGGGGGGGGUUAUUAUUGGGCUUGAACCUAGGGCCUCUGCUUAACCCACAAGCAAACAUUCCACUGAACUGAAUCCCUAGCAAAAACAUUUUAGAAACUUGACCACUCACUGUAAUCUUAGCUGAUAUUUUGUUGUAUGUCAAUAUUUUUUAUUUUUGCUGCUUACAAAUUAGCCUGUACAUUCUAAUAUCUAUCUAUCUAUCUAUCUAUCUAUCUAUCUAUCUAUCUAUCUAUCUAUCUAUCUAAAUAUGUUUUGGGCAUUAAUAUUUUAAAAGUCUUGACAUUUUUAGCAGUGCUCUCUGGAGAGGCUUCAGUGGGACCCACAGUUGUGAAGGACUUUGUUUACCUUCUGUUUUUGCUAAUUUUAGCAAGUGAAGGCAUAUUUUAUGUAUAUUUAGCAGCAGGUAAGGCUGACACAUUAACAUUUAUUAGCUAUUAAGUCUUUAUAUUCUUGACCCCCACAGGUGAGAAAUGUAGCUACAUUUCUUUUUUCCUUUGUGAUUUGGCAUACAAAAAUGAACUCUUGUCUUUAUAUUGUUUGUUAGAAUGGAUAAUUUCUGUUGUGCCCUUGACCCUCUUAGUAUCUUUCAGAAGUUUUAUGGGUAGGUAUACAUGAUCCUCCUUGAUUUUGUUCUUUUGCUUUUAAUACUCCUGUUUGUGUUGCUCUGGAUCAAACUAGGGCCUCUCAUGCUACACCCCUACCUCUUAAGCUUGAGUUUGUCAUACUGAAUUAAGUCCUGGACCAGUUUAGUGUGUAUCAGUGAUUGGUGGAAGUUUACCUUUGCUUUAAUUUUUUAAACUGUGUGUACGACUUGAAAGCUCACAUUUAUGCCAUGUACACUUAGGUGACUUUAAUUCAGAAAAAGUGACACUCAUUUCUCAUUUUCUGUCCUCAAAUAAUUCCAGAGCUCUUCAAAUUCAGGAACAUCUACAAUGAUGAUAAAUAAAAUGUAGAAUUUUAUUCAGAUUCCUGAAAGGAAAAUCUAGUAAGUAAUCCAAAUUUAAAAAUAAAAAGUGGGCUGGAGAGAGGAGUCAGUGGCUGAGAGCACUAGCUGCUCCUCCGAAGAACCUGGGUUCAGUUCCCAGUGCUCUUGUGGCAGCUUACAACUGUCUGUAACUCCAGUUCCAGGGGAUCUGAUGACUUCUAGCCUCCAUGAGCACCAGACAUGCACAUGGUACUCAGGUAUAUAUACAGGUAAAAUACCUGUACACAUAACAAAUUGAAAAAAACAUUUUUUUUAAGUUACCAAAACAAAAACAAAAUACCCACAACCAACCCAACACUGGAUCAAACUAAAUAUACCUGGGGUCAGUUUGUGACCAUCUCGUUAGUUGGACAGAAAUAAGAUCAGAAUGUAAGAGUGCGUAGAGCUUAUUACUUCCUGGUCCUGCCACUGUAUGCAUUAUCUGAAAAAGGUAAUCCCAAACCAGCACUUGGGAGGCUGUAGGAGGAGGAUCAUAACAUACCACUGCAUAGGAAGUUAAGCAGCAUGCCUGGGCUACACAGACCCUGUCUCAAAAAAAAAAAAGGUAUGGAUAGUGUGCACUGAGCAGUAUUCCAUUGUGGGUGUGUAAAACACAAGAGUUCUCAGUGUCUGACUUGCCCAGGUAAGCUGGUUACAUCAUUUACCAAAAGAAACUCCUAUUUUUCAAGCUGGCAUUACCCAAACAAAAGUGAGCUUUCAUACAAAGCACUAUAGUAUAUCUGAAGUGAAUUAUUAUUGAAAACAAAUUUUUCCUAGAAUUAAAAUCCUUUUGAUACCUCUUUUAUGAAGCCAGGUCUUGAAGUGCAGCUCUGCAGCAUUGGCUAGCUUGGAACUUGCUCCGUAAGACCUUGGAUUCUCAGCAUUUGGCGGGGAUUAAAACCAUGCCCAGCUCAUUUGUUGUUUUUAAUAAAGAAUAAUUUUCACUGUAAGGAGAAGUACUUUAGCGUUGGAUCUUAACCAUCAAAUCAGAGACUGAAUAAGCCUACUUCUCUUGUCUGAAGGAGCUGCUAGGGGUUUCCCAGGGAGGGCCUCAUACCUUUGGGUCUGAGUAAUGUGAUGAACAUAUUAUUUCAUUAAACAAAACUAGUGAAUAAUCCUAGCUGCAUUUUGUAUUUGGAAGAAUUGUCAAAAUUAAUACUUUUGUGUGACUGUCAAGACUCUUACUAAUAGUGUGGUUUACUUCAUGUAAUUUUCAUAGGGGAAGACACUAAGUGCUUUUGUCCUCUGCAGGUGACGACCUGAUUUGCGUUGGUUUUGGUGGGGGAGAUGUGUCUUGACAUGAAGCAUCCUCCAAAAUGGCUGGUGUCAAAGGCUUGACCCCGAUGAUGGUAUUGAAAAGUGGGUCACUGAUAACUACAUCAGUGGAUAUGUUGAUGGCUGAAUAGAUUGUUUGGGGAGGGCUAGUUGGAGGAAGUUAUGUCACUGGGGAAUAUAUUUUGGAAAGAUGCAUCUUGUCUUUAGAUCUUCCUCUCUGGCUCUUCUGCUUCCAGCUGCCAUGAGGUGAACAGCUUUAUUCUGGCAUGCCUUUCCUUCCCACCAUGGUGUUCUCCUUCAACGCAAGCCCACAGCGAUAGGGCGGGCAGCUCAGCUGUGGAUGGCAACCUGAAACCAUAAGCCCAAAGAAGUCUUUUUCUCAGGUUAUUCUGUUACAGCAAUGAAAAGUGACUGUUCCUUCAUCUAGUAUUGGAAAUGAAUGGUAGACAUCACUAACCACCGUGCCCAGAUGGGAAUCGAUGUACUCGGUGACUGCCUCUGACUUGGGAGUUGGUGCUGUAAAUGAGACCCUUGUGUCCCCACUUUUAUGAAGAGGGUAUGUGGUAUGGCCACAAGUUGGUUUGUAUUUUAGAGAUUGAAGCCAUAGCCUCUCCAGUGCUAAGCAAGCAUUCUACUGUAUUAUACCUCUAGUCCAGAAUACAAAUUUUAAUUGCUAUCAGGGAAGAGGAAAGAAAAUAAUGUUUUAGUAUAUACACUGACCUGGUGUUUUUUUAAAGAUUCAUGUAUGUUUUAUAUCAUUUAUAAUCUGGUAUCUUACUUAUAGUCACUGAUUUACCAAUUGCUAUUAAAUAUUUUAGGAACAACUAAAACAGAAGGUAUUUGCCCCUAAAUUUGCAUAUAGAUUAUUAUGUGACUCAGGACCUCAGAGUCUUAUUUUGUAGUACAUAGAAAAAUCCAGAGGAAUGAUAAAUGGGCAGAACCAAUUGAAACUGUCCUAUAAAGCUGAUAACCAAGGUACUUACAGCUUUGUUCGACUUUGAUACCUGAAAACUUAUGUGCAUGUGAGAAUUCCAAAUGGUAUGGCCAAGGUAGAAAAGCUGGAGCUGGGGCUGGAGUUGGGGCUGAGGUGUUGUUUAGUAUUUAGUCCCUAGUACAUGUACACACAUACAUACGCAUGCAGAGCCAGAAAGUUGGACAGACUAUCUCAGUUGUUUGUGGCUAGUAAAGGACAAAAGCAUUUCUCACAGAUCUGGAGGCGGAAGUUGGAGGUCAGGGUUGGUGAGUUGAAUGGUGGGGGCCGAAUGCCCCUACGUGUAAGAUGUCGCCUCAGUGCUAACCUGGUAGAGAAGUAUGCCCAUACAAAGUAACUAGCUAGUUUUCUUGAGCCCUUUCCUAGUGAGAGUGGAACACAUGCAUUUUGGGAAGGCAUUCUGAUCAGAGCACCACCACAAAAGUUCUACUUCUGCGCACACAUCCCAAAAUAAUUAGAAAAGCAGGGAUUUGUACCUUCCUGUUCAUAGCCAACAGUCACAAAACAGUAGAGGAAUGGAUGAACAAAAGGUGCCAUAUGUGUACAGUGGCUUGUUCAGCCAUAAAAAGCAUGAUACAUGAUAUAGGGAUAAACUUGACCACUUGGUAAGAUGUCAGACAAGGAAAACAACAACAACAACAACAAACGAAAAACCUUCAAAGCCUUUAGAAUAAGGAAAAUGGAAGAAGAGUGGUUACCAGGUCUGCAAUUGGGGGAAUGAGUUCAGUUGUUUGUGCUGAAAAAAAUCAUGGACAGUGGGAACACUGAAUGCCACAGAGGUCCCUGAAUAAAAUACUUGUAAGUGGUUA